AUGGCCGACAACGCCCCUCCUGCUGAGCCGGCUGCGGCUGCAAAAGCUGAAUCCACUGCUCCCCCCGUCGUCGUCGCGUCUGCCGUCCCGGCUGGCAUUCGCUCUGGUGUCAGCACCCCGGGCGGCCCUCGCUCGGGUGCCGUCACGCCUGCCAUGUCCGAACUCCCCGCCGACCAGGUCGGCUACAGCCUCAAGGUCUCGCUGGCCGACCUCUGCGCCAAGGCCGCCAUGCUCUACAGCCAGCAGAAGAACUACGAAGAGGCCGCCGAGGUCUAUGCGCGCGCCGCCGAGAUGCAGGCCGAGAUCAACGGCGAGAUGGACCCCGAAAACGCCGAGAUUCUGUUCCUGUACGGCCGCGCCCUGUUCAAGGUCGGCCAGAGCAAGAGCGACGUGCUAGGUGGCAAGGCGCCGGAGACGAGUGAGGAUGCGAAGAAGGCCCCGAAGGCGCAAAAAGACAAAAAGGAGUCCGCCGCGGGCGGCUCCGGCAUCAUUGCCAAGGCCAUCGGUGGCGCCAGCGACAGCGAUCCCGUGGCGAGCGCAUCGUCGGGUGCGACCAAGGAGGAGGCGGCGGCGCUCGAGGCCAAAAAGCCGCUCUUCCAAUUUACCGGCGACGAGGAGUGGGAUGCGUCGGACGACGAAGCGGGUGAGGAUGCCGCGGGCGGCGACGACGACGGCGAGGGCGACGAGGAAGAGGAAGACGACCUUGCCGUGGCCUUUGAGGUGCUCGACCUGUCGCGCGUUCUCUUUGAAAGACAGCUCGAGGAGAAGAAGGACAAGGAAGGCGCCACGGACACUGGAGCCGAAGCGGAAGGCCUUAGCAAGGGCAAGGAGGUUGAAGAGAGCAAGGCCGACGGCGACGAGGCUGCGUCUCCCAUUGCGACAGGCGUGUCCGGCGACCUACGCCACGUCCUGGAGCGUCUCGCCGACACACACGAUCUCCUGGCCGAGAUCUCGCUCGAGAAUGAGAGAUACCCCAACGCCAUUGUAGACUCCCGCGCGUCUCUGGCCUACAAGAAGCGGUACCUGUCCGAAGACUCUGAAAUCAUUGCCGAGGCCCAUUUCAAGCUGUCUCUGGCUCUUGAGUUUGCGUCUGUCACGACCGCUAGUGAGGACUCCAACAAUGGACACGGCAACGGCAACGGCGCCGCUGCCGACGGCGGUCAGCAGCAGACACAGCAAGUCGACCAGGAGCUGCGCGACGAGGCGGCCCGCGAGCUCGAGGCGGCCAUUGCCAGCACCAAGCUCAAGCUCCAGAGCAAGGAGGUCGAACUGGCCACUCUGCACUCGCCAGAAGACAACGACUCAACGCGUCGGCAAAUUACCGAGGUCAAAGAUAUCAUUUCCGACAUGGAGCAACGGCUUGUCGACCUGCGCAAACCUCCCAUUGAUCUGAACGCGGCUGUCAACGGCCCUGCGGGUGCCGGCCUGGGCGGCCUGCUGGGCGCCCUCAGCGGCGGCGCUGCGGGUGGCUUCGGCGGUGCUAGUGGCAGUGGCAGUGGCAGUGCCGUUGGCAGCGAUGCCAAGAAGCCCGCCACAGACCUGACGGGCCUGGUCCGCAAGAAGGCUAAGGAUGUCCCUGCUCCUGCUGCCCUGUCAGCGGAUGCCUCCUCGACUAAUGGCAAGCGGAAGGCCGAGGAGCCGGCUGACGGAUCGGACGAAGAGGCCAAGAAGGCCCGUACUGUGGAUGCCGCAUAA